AAAAUAAUAAGUAUGUGAAAUAUUUAAUAAUUUACUGAUGGACUAUAAAAUUUACCUGUUAUUCAAUUGUUCAUUCUUUUCAAUUUAGUUGAUACUAAUCGUUUAGUCUACAGUCUCGUUGGAGCCCAUGACUCUAGUUUCAGUAUUGAAUCACACACUGGCUUAUUAAGAGUCAGUCGACCAUUGGAUCGUGAAGUUAAAAGUGUUCAUACACUAACUGUUAUAGUAACAGACGGAUCACAUCAACAUUCUAGUGCAGGCGAACAGUCUACUUCAUUCACAUCGAGUGCAACAUUUACUAUAAAAUUACUUGAUGUCAAUGAUUCACCUCCUCAAUUUGUGAACACAUCUGCUCAUCGGAUAAAAAUAUCAGAACUGGCGCCUAUAGGUGAAAGGCUAACUCGCCUCAAGGCGAUUAGCCAAGAUGAAGGUGAUAAUGCUGUGAUACAUUAUCGUUUGCUUACUAAACAACCGGAAUUCGGUUUAAAUGAAACAACUGGUGAUUUAUGGCUUCAGAAACCAUUGGAUUAUGAACAAACAUCAGCAUACUUUUUAACUAUCGAAGCACGUGAUCGUGGUCAGCCUCCAUUGAGUAGUACAGCUGUGUUAACUGUUCACGUGGACGAUGCUAAUGAUAAUCAACCACAAUUUUUGGGUAGACAACGUAUUCCAGAAAAUAUUGGUUUGAAUAACCUGGAUGAUCUGACGUCCAUUGAUUCAAAUUUUUAUGAAUAUUACUAUUCAUUCAGCGUAGUGGAGAAUAGUCGUAAUGGUACUGUUGUUGGCAAGUUGAAUGCAAUCGAUCCAGAUAGCGGUGAUAACGGUCGUGUAAGCUUUCAUCUGAGCGGAAAUAUUGAUUUCUCUACUUUAUUUAAAACCUAUCAACAGGAUUCAGAAAACAUAGAAUUUUUAACAGCUGCUGAAGCUAAGACACGUUUUAGUUUAGACUCAGAAUCUGGCCGGUUAAUACUAAUCUUUCAACCUGAUCGUGAAGCAGUCAGUGGUUAUUGGUUAAUGGUACAAGUUGAAGAUCAUGGAAAACCAAUUCCUUUGUCUAGCCUUACAUUAGUUUAUGUGGAAAUAUUGGAUAUCAAUGAUUGUGCACCGACAUUUGAAAAGUCUAACUAUGAAUUUUAUGUUGAAGUUGAUCGUUCCGGUAAUAUAAGUUCAUGUUCUGAGAAACAAAAUUCAUAUGAAAAUAAUUGUCAGUCUACUACCGGUAGCAGUGGGAAUGUUCUCAUCGGUCGGCUCAAGUUGACAGAUUCUGAUGCCCAUCCAAAUUCUGGUCCAUUUACAUGUCACUUAGCUAAUUCUGGUAUUAUCCAAACUGUUCCAUAUGAUUCAUUAUCAUCAUCAAGAUCAAGUACUACAUCACUCAUUACUUCUACUACUGGUAGUAGUAGUAGUAGUACCAGUCUAUUUUCUGUUCGAUCUACAGAAAUGAGAAUUCAUACAUCUAAUUCAAAUAAAAAUGAUCAUCUCAACAAUCAGACAGAUUUUAGUAGAGGAGAAUGUUUACUCUAUGCUAUUGACAAAUUACCUGUUGGUAGUCAAAGCUUAGUGAUCCGAGCCAAUGAUAAUGGUUUAACUGCAUUACAUACAACAACUACAGUCACUGUUCGUAUCAUCCGGAUGUCUAAUCUACCACCAGAGAUUGUCAAUACAAAUUCUACAUUGAUUUAUUAUCGCAGUUUACACGAUUGGAAUGAGAAUUAUUUUCAUGAGUCAUCUUCGAAACAAGAUAUCUCUGAGCAAAUUUCUGAUAAAACUAUAUGUCGUAUAACAGUAAAAGACCGUACAGCACAUGAUCGGUUAUUUUUUGAAUUAUUAAAAGAUAACACAUCCAUGUCAAAUUUAUUCUCUGUCGACCAAUAUGAUGGAACUAUACGUCCUGCUAUGAAAAUAUCUUCUAAUCCCGAUACAAGUCGCUCUAAUCUAUAUGAUACCUCAACUUCUUCACGUAAACCUAUGUUGAACCAAUUUCAUAAUUCACUAAUUCAUCUUGACUCUGGCAAUUAUCCAUUGCGUGUACGUGUUACAAAUGGUACGCUUACUUCUGAAACAACAAUGCAUAUUAAAGUGAUAGCGAUAACUGAAGAAAUGCUUGACUCAUCGUUGGUAAUUCGAAUUUCAAAUCUACUACCAAAUUUAUUUUAUAUGGAAAAUUAUAAUACUGUUUUACAAAAUCAUUUAUCUAAUCUACUUUUAGAGUCAAGUUCAUCGUAUUUUUCACCAUCCAGUUCAACAAUCUUAUCACCAAAGAAUAAUUCAUCACAAGAUGAGAAUGUUUAUAUUCUUUCUGUACAAGAAACAGAUUUUCCGAAUCGUCUUAAUUCUUUGUCAUCUUCAUCUAAUGUUUAUCAUCAGAAAAAUGCAUUUAUGGAUUCACACCGUAACAAACGUAGUAUUGAUAGAGCUGUUGAUAUACUGAUCGCAGUAUAUGAUCCUAAAGAAAGAGAAUUUAUUAAGCCUUUUAAAAUCGCUCAAGCUAUCAAUGGAAUAGCUGAUAGUUUAUCUGUGGAAUUCGGAGGAGAAAUUGAAGCUGUCCAUGAUGUUUGUACACCACAGUUUUGCCCUCGCGGUCGUUGUCAUACAAAAGUUAGUAUUGAUCCGAAUGGUCUCAUGAAUCGUAUUGAAGUGCAUCGUGUAAAUCAAGUAUCACCUCGAUUUGUGUUAUCGCCUGUUUGCCAAUGUCCGAUACAUUUUACUGGUUUACUUUGCAAUACACCGACUGAUGCUUGUGCACUGGCCAAUUGUCCUGCCUCUCGAUUAUGUAUUCCACAUGGUUUAAAUGACUAUUCGUGUAUUUGUCCACCGCCUCGCACCGGUCCCAAUUGUGAAUCACUCUUAAUUUACGGUGAUGGCAGGGAUGAUUGCCAUUCAGAAUCGUGUUUUAAUCAAAGAGAAAAUGGACCAUUACAGUUUACUGGUGGGACAUUUAUCCAUUGGGAAUUUGUAAAUCCUAAUCCAUUUUUUAUGGAGUUGAAAUUUUCUUUUCGAACUCGACAAACAAAUGGACCUUUAGUAUUUAUACGUUGGUCAUCAUUAAGAACUUUUCAAAUAAGAUUAACCAAUGGUGGACAUUUGGUGAUUUCUGCUACUGGCUUAUCUAAUGGUUUACCAAUAACUGAUUGGUUAGUAUCUAAUGUAUCAAUCGCCGAUGGUCAUUGGCAUCGUGUACGAUUUGUUUUGACAGUGUUGAAUUCCAAUAAGGCAACCCAUGUUGAUGCCUUAUUUCAUGAUGCAUUAAUAGAAGAUUCAAAAAUGAAGUCAAAUUCUUGGAAUUCCAACUCUGAUUGGUGGGUUGAACUAACUGUCAAUGGAAUCAAUCCUCAAUCUGCUUCAAUUAACUGGAGUCCAGGUGAUUCAUAUCAACAAGGAAUUCUAGUUGGAGCAGAUCUAGUACAUGGAUUUCGUCCUUUGAGUGAACCAUACAAAUUAACAACUAUCAGCACAGCUCCCAAAAGUAAUUCAUUUCCCAAUUCAACAAAUUCAUCGCCGAUUAUCUUCCGAUCUGGAAUUGUUGGCUGUUUUCGUGAUUUCACUAUUAAUCGUAUCAAACCACCUUAUCAAAUCAAUUUGGCUCCAAAACACUCUGAAAGUUUUCGUGGUUUCUCUUCAAACCCAUCUGUAUUAAUUGUAAGGACAAAUAAAUUAGAAUACGGUUGUCAACCUAUUAUGACAAUAUCUGGAUCUUGUGCAUCUGGGCCGUGUUUACAUGGUGGAACUUGUGUAACUGGUUCAAAACAAUCAUCUAGCAGUUCAUCUUAUAUAUGCGAUUGCCCUUCAUUAUUUCAUGGGAGACAUUGUGAACGAACUAAUGAUGCUUGUCUACUUGCACCAUGUUACAAUGGUGGAAGUUGUCAAGCUCUCAUAACAUCAAGUAUAUCCAAAACACCUGCACAUUCUGGUUUAGCUGCUUAUCGUUGUAUUUGUCCAGCUGGUUUAUCUGGUUUACAUUGUGAAAUUGUACACCCGGAAAUUAUAUCACAAACCUCAUUGUUAAGUAAACCAUUAGAGAAAAGUGGUUCAAUAAUUCAGUCUGGUAUUACUUGUCAUACAGCACAAUUAAUUCUACAACAGGAUAUAUUGAAUAAAAUACAACCGGGAACCAGUUCUAAUUUUCGUUAUGCCUUUUCGAUACCUUCAUCGAAUAUAAAUCAAGAUUCACGAGAAUUGGUUUGUUUACAUAAUGGUUCGUGUUUGGAUUCGUCUAGUGGUCCACAGUGUAUUUGUCCUUCAGGUUGGCAAGGAGCACGUUGUGAAUAUGAUGUUGAUGAAUGUCAAGUGGUGAAAAGCAUCUAUUCAAGUGAUUUACAUCAAUCUGCACCCUAUAUCAAAUGGUUAGAAAACCGCGCCAGUUCUAAAGGAGGUUUAUGUAGUCCAUACAGUUCUGGACGAGGUGUAUGUUUUAACACUCCUGGUUCAUAUAAAUGCAAUUGUUCAGUCGGUUUUUCUGGUCAACAUUGUCAAUCGAAGAAUUUGAUCCCGUUGAUUCCUGAUACCACCGUUCUUGGACUUAAUCAAUUUCAUAUUUAUAUCACCGUUGGCCUUUUAGCAUUUCUUUUUCUGGCUGCAUUGGCUACAAUAGUAUUGUUGGCGUGUCGUGCUCGCGGUAUGAUUGGUGGAACAUUGGAUGGAAAUCGACGAUCUGUUAAAUCAGUCAGUUCAUAUUGGCCUAAUGGGGGGAAUCAACAAACGAAACCUACAUCUCGUUUAUCAGACUCUCGAUUAAAUCAUUCAAGUCAUUCUGCUGGUGGAAGUUUAUCUGGUAUACCAUUUGUUGCUGCUAGUCCAGCACACUUAAAUCAUGCUAGUCAUAUUGGUACACAUCCUAGGUAUCAUAUGAUAUCUACAAGUCAUCGUCGUCCCUCUCUAGCCUCGACGACGUUCGGUUAUCCAGUCGCAAUGGAUGAAAGUGCAACCGCUCUACUGAACGGCAACUCGGGGCAAAUGCCAUUUUCUUCAGAAUCCGUCAAACUUGGUGGAAAUUGUAAUGCCGGUGCCACGUUGGCAGACUUUGGGGAUCGUGACGAUUCUGUUUCUGCCUGUAAUUCUGGAUUAGUGCUGUAUCCAACUGGCGUUAAAGAUCAAAUCCCAGUGAUGAUGAUGCUUUCUCCCCUUCCUGGUGCACAUGGAUCAGUGGGCCCUGGUAACCGAGCUAGUGUAAUUGCACGCUACUCACCUGCUUCUUCAGUUAUCUUCUAUGGGCCAGGUGUUCCCUCUGGUUCUGCAACGCCUACAAAUCAGAUCCAUUCUCCUCAACCAGGUUUUUGUGUCGAUUCGUCAGGUUCCGGCUAUAUUUCUCAACGUCAAUGCUUCACUGGUUCUCAGGUAGCCGUGUAUCCAUCAGGACAUCCUGCAUUUUUACCUCAUCCUCAGUCUCACCAACAGCUUAUUCAAAUGGUCAACAUGCGUCCGAAUUCUGUAGUAGGUUCUGAUCGUUUAUCUCUCGGUUCAGGUAGUGACCGAUUUUCUGCUCAUAGUAGUCAGGUUCUAGUGCAACCUAACAGUACUGGUCCUAUGCCUUACCCGAAUUGUCCUCAGUCUCAAGCUUUAACACCCCAGUUAUACUACCAUCAACCAUCAACACCUCAAAACCAAACAUGGACACCUCAUUUAUCAAAUACAGGGCACAAUCAACCUGGUUUGUUGAUUAUAAAUCAAAAUCAUGAUGAUUCUAACUUGGAAGAUGCAUGUAUGACACUAAAACCCCAGAAUACUGACACUGUCAAAGCUGUUGAUGUAAACAAACUCCAAUCGCCUAUGAAAAGUCAGUCAACUUGUGAUAACCAAACACCUGAACCAACCAGCAAUAAUAACCGGAAGGAACUCAACCAACGACCAGUUCCUGCCAGCAUCCAGCAUACUACAAGUGCAUUUGUUUUACAAGGGCGACAAUAUUCUGGGAGACAACAAAAUAAUCAUGCUUUCAAUUUAUUGCAUGCUCUAUAUCCAUGUUGUCCUCAAUCACACCCUAUUUCCAAUGCAUGUUUUCAUCAAAAUUCAAAUCAUAUUUUCGGAAUAGCUGAUCGAACAGCGUGCACAGGAUAUGCAUUUAACAAUUUUUAUCCUUUUGGUAUACACCAAGCAAUUCCUGUCAUUCACAAUACACCCAUUUCACCAUUCAUGUUUUCGCGUCAGUCAGUCAAUUUAGAUUCGAUGCCUGCUUAUCCACCGAUUCCAGAAAAUGCAUCGACUAUUGAAAGGGACGUACUAAAUUCGGAAUCAUUAUUUCACCUUCCAGAUUCAUGCCCUGUUUUAAACGAUGAUAAUUCCCAACGGGAAUCUAUGCACUGGCCUUCCACUCAGAAUAGUACCUUAUUAAUCCGUGACUCACUUGGUGGCUAUCAUCAAUCAUCAUUUUCAGUGAUACCAAAUUCCAAAAGACCGACACUUAUAGGUGCUUCAUCACGUGGAUUCCAUCACCGACCGACACUGGAUAAAAGAAUUAUUGGUGUCGCUUCUCGUCGUACACGUCAACCUCGAGGAAUUAUGAAAUUUAGCACAAUCGAACUGCCUCCACCAACAUCUAGGCCACAAUCAGCUCAUUUACUUGGCUUGCAUGUACCCUCGAAGUCAGGAAAUGGAUAUAUUACAAAUCAAAAAUCAGGUUUGUUUCAACAGCAUCAGUGUGCCCUCCAAGCAUCUCAUUGUUAUUUUGUGUGUAUAUGUGUGGUUAGAUGUGCAAUGUAUUGCUUUCACCUAGAGUGCUUGCUUUCUGUUGCUACAACUUUUUUACAAAUCUAUCGCUUACUUAAUUUUUUUUCUCUUGAAGAAACCCAUUCUAAUUCUGGAAUACGAAAUACUAUUAUUGUGGAGACAAAUGGUUGUGUAAACGGUUCACGGGUAGUGGGUGAUCCUAGUCCUUCUCCUACACAUUUAUCAAAUAAUUUUGCAAAGGUUGGAUCCAUUCAUACUAUAUCAACUUCUGAACAUGUUAAUAAUUCACAAAACAAUAAAACUAACAAAGACGGUGGUGCUGCUCAAGAUCAGAUUCCAAACAAUUUGGAUUGGUUUGGUAAUGGGUCAGGCUAUCAUCCACUUCUCUCAAGCAGUAUCUGCAAUUCUUUAGAAUUAAAUGGAAAUUACAAAGAAUCUCAGAUAAAAACCAAUGAGACGUCAGAUACAACAGCAACAUCGGAAAUCUCCAAAAAAUCAUUGACCAAUGGUCAAACAACAAUAAUAAUACCAACGACAACAAAACAACUAUCUUCGAAUGUUGUAAAUAAUUUAAUUCAAGAUACAAAACAUAUGGCACACAUAAAUGAUAUGUAACAAUUGAUUUCUUCUCCAUUUAUUGUUCUUUUUAAUCUAUUUGCCUCUUUUUAUGAUAUAAUUAUGUAUUUUAAAAAAUUCAACGAAUAGGUUACUAUAUUCUGGUGUUUAUUAAAAUGUCUAUCAAUGAAAUGAAUAAACAUUUCUCUUCUGCUGAUGUUCUUAUGAACAUACAUGUUAUCGUCUUUUAUUCAUAAAUUCAUCAUGUACCUGUACAAAAUGUACGAAAUAAGAUUAGUAAAAUGAAUCGGUGAUAAAUAUUUGUGCUACCGGUGCUACUUUUUAUUUAUCAGGUGUGCACAAGUUAAUGUGUCUCUGUGUGUGCUUUUUAUGGAAGUGAACUUAUGCAUUUCUUGUUGAUUCGCUCUUUCUUCCUCUCUCCAUUUAUCUAUCUAUCUUUCCAAUGUAAUCUACCUCGCUAAUAUAUAAACUGAUUUUCAUGUUUUCUCUCGUUUAUAUAUUUUCUUCUUAUCGUCCUUUUUCUCACUGCUAAUCUCAUUCUUUUUUUACAAUGAUCUCAAAAUAACAAGAAUUUCUUUCUCUUUAUAUCAGCAUACCGAAGAUCAUCACUAUUUAGUCAGUUUAUUGUAUUAUAAAUUUUAAUGUGAACAAGAGUUUCUUUUUAAACUGACUUAUUACAUUAAAUAAAUAAAUCGAUGUGAUUUCUGAUUCUCUCUCUUCAUGUGUUUUCUUUUAUUUCUCUUACCAAACUGUUAUUAGUUAUCGAAUGUACUCAUGCUACUUAUUAAUCAUAAUUAUGGAAUGUACAACCGGUUCAUUGAAAAUCUUUAAGGUUUCUUUUAAAAAUCAAUCCUCUACAUCUGUUUUUCUGACUGAUUAUUCAAAACAAAGGGAAAAAGUUAUUUUUUUCUUCUGUUGUAUUUUGAGUUUGCUAUUAACAGGUUUUAACUGUAUUCAUCUUCAUUUUAUUAAAAUUGCUUAUUUAGUAAUUUACUUUUGAAUUCAUAUCAAUGCAUAGAUUUUGUAUUUUGUUUUUAUCCUCGUCUCUCCCCUCCUGUUUCACUCACUCACAUAAACUCUUCUAUGUACGUCUUCAAGGACUUAGUUUUAUCUAUGAACUUUUACCUUUCUCAAUUUUUUUUAUUACUCCUUAGUUUAUUUGCUUGUUCAUUAGUUUUCCCUUUUCAAAUGGGACAUCGUGAUAUCAAUACUAAAUCUGUGUUUUGUAUGUGAAUGUAAACAUUAAUUCUGAAAGUUUUAAAUACUACUUUUAUCAAUUUUAUGUGUCAUUUAUAUACAUUCAUAUUGUCAAUCAGAAUACUAGGUUCUAUUAUAACUUAUUAUUAUUAUUAAUGCAU